AUGGAUAUCCACCGUUGUCGAUUCGUUUCCUACAACCCGCAAGCGAUCAAUGCGCUUGCAUUCUCACACCCUCCCUCGGCAGAUCAAGCCGGCCGAGGCGUUUCCACCCUCCGACUCGCGAUCGGCCGUGCUAACGGCGACAUCGAAAUAUGGAACCCGAUGCGCGGAGCCUGGUUCCAGGAAACCGUGAUGCGCGGAGGCAAGGACCGAAGCAUUGAAGGUCUCGCAUGGACCCUCGAUCCCAUGGAGGACGGCCCCCAGGGCUCCAAGAUCCCCGGCAAGCUGCGUCUGUUCAGCAUUGGAUAUUCCACCGCCGUCACCGAAUGGGACCUCGAGAACGGUCGUCCGCUUCGCCACUCCAGCGGCAACUACGGCGAAAUCUGGUGCCUUGCUGCGCAGCCGCGCUGGCAGCCGACUAAGCGGGGCAAAGAUGGGAAGACUCUUUCUCCUGCCGAGGGCGAGUUCAUGGGCCAGCACCUUGCGGCUGGAUGUGCUGAUGGCUCGAUUGUUAUUCUCUCUACUGCCGACAACGACCUUAGGUUCUUGCGUUUGAUGCGUCCUUCGACGAAGAAAGCUCGUGUGCUUAGCGUUGCUUUCCAGAACCGCCAUACCAUUGUUGCUGGUUAUGCUGAUAGUUCUAUUCGUCUCUUUGAUAUUCGUUCUGGUCAGCAGUUGAGGACGAUCUCGCUAGGCAAGGGUCCAGCGGGUGGUCCUAAGGAGCUUUUGGUCUGGUCUGUCAAGUGUCUGCCGGAUGGCACUAUUGUCUCUGGUGACUCCGCGGGCGAAAUCCGCUUCUGGGAUGCGAAGAACCACUCGCUUGUUCAGCGGAUACAGGGUCACCUUGCCGAUACUCUUGACGUGGCGGUCAGUGCCAAUGGCGAUACUGUUAUUAGUGGAGGUGCCGACCAGAGGACGGUUGUCUACCGCAAGAAGGAAGGCGAGAAGGGCGACAAGAAGGGCCGUUGGGCCGAGGUCAUGCAUCGCCGUUACCACACUCACGAUGUCAAGACCUUUGCUGUCUAUGAGACCAAGGAAAUCAGUAUUGCCGUGUCUGGAGGUCCCGAUGCGACCCCUAUCGUUCUGCCUCUGCGCGAAUUUGGAAAGGAACACCACCGCAAGCUUUCUAGUUUACCACAAAUCCCCCAACUUACCUCCGCACCCUCCUCUCGAUUGGUCAUGAGUUUCUGGGACAGAGAAGUCAGCCUGUGGCGUGUAUCUCGGGGCCCAGCCUCUCUGCAUGAGAACAUUGAGGGUCAAAGGCAUAGACUUGUUGGAAAGGUGUUGAUCCAGGGCGAAGAGAACAUUUCAUCGGCGAUGCUGUCCCCAGAUGGCAAGACACUCGCCGUCGCAACAAUUGCCGAAGUCAAGCUGUUUGCCCUCCGCCGCCGCAAGGGCGACGAGAAGGGUGCCCUGCGUAUCCAAAAGAUUGAAGUCCCCAGGGCGCUUUCCGAGGACGGUGCUCGUCUUGUUACUAUCUCCCCAGAUGGUCGCUGGGUUUCUAUUGUCCGGCCUAACAGUGAGGUCUAUAUGGCACGAAUCCAGCCUGCCUCCGCACCCACCGAGAAGAGCCAAGUGGCACCGCAAUUUGCAAAGCUUAAGAGAUUUACACGACACGUACGACACGAAAAGCCCAACAACGGAACAUUGGGUGAGUAUGAGAGGACGAUACGAUCCGUGGUUUUCUCCGAUGAUAGUAAGAUUCUGGCUUGUGGUGACCUCUCUGGUUGCAUCGACACCUGGGUGCUGGACACAGAGACACGACCCGGUGCGACCGGUGCGGUCAAGCGCAACGGAGCCGCGGAGUCCGACGACGACUCAUCCGACGAGGAGGACGAGGAUGUUGCGUUUGAGGGCGAGCGCUGGACUACCGCCGCUGCUGAAUCACCAAUCCCCCGCAUGAAGUCAGGCGUCACUUUGUUGUCUUUCCGCCCCAAGAGCGCCCCUACACAAAAGCUGUUGGCGAACAGCACAGAUCCAUCCGAAGAGUCUCGCUUGAUGGUACUCACAAGUGAACAUCAACUCAUCGAGUUUGAUGCUCGCACUGGAACACUCUCCGACUGGUCAAGACGUAACCCCAAGGCAUACCUCCCCGCCGAGUUCCGGGGUGUCAAAGACAGAGCUAUGGGCUGUAUGUGGGAUAUCUUCGAGGGCCGCGAGCGCCUCUGGCUAUACGGAGCCUCGUGGCUCUGGAUGUUCGACCUCCUCCAAGACUUCCCCUCCCCGGAGGAAGUCGAGGCAACCACCGAAGACCCCAAGAGCCAGCUAGUCAAGGCCUCAAAGCGGAAACGUGAGGCACAAGACGACGCCGAAGAAGAGCGGAGGAAGCACAACACCGGUGCCGGUGACCGGAUCCAACAGUCACAGAUGGAUAUCCACUUUGGAACCAAGGUCCGCAAGAUUGUUGGCAGCGACGAAUCACAAGGCGAGUGGGUUGCACUGGACAAGGAGCGUACCCGUGUUCCGGGCGAGGAUGACGAGGCCUACGAGUAUGAUGAGGCUUUCGCAGCCAACAACGAGACAGCCCUGGCCCGUCUACGACGUGGAGAUGGAGCAGCAGCUGAAACUUCAACUCCCCAGAAGGGAUCACGGAAGCGUCAAUCACUCACUGCUGUCAACGGGGCUGCCGAUACCCCGAAGAAGCAGGUCGAGGCUAACAGCGCUCAGCCUCCCCGUCGCUGGUGGCACACCUAUAAGUACCGUGACAUCCUGGGAAUUACCCCCCUCAACAACUUGUCGGACGACAGCGAAGAGGGAUCCAGUGGGCUCCUGGAAGUUGCCGUGAUUGAGCGGCCGAUGUGGGAUGUGGAGCUGCCUGGUCGUUAUGUGAAGGACUAUGAGUGA